AAAAAUGUCUUCAUUUAAUUAGAAGUAACAAAAGAAACUCAACGAACAUAAAGAAUUAGCUUAAAAGUAGAAAGAUGCAAAUGAACGUUUCUAAGAAGGGAAGAAAAUAAUGAUGAAAGAGAAUAAGACAGCAAAUGAUUUUGAUAGAGCAAUUCAAUUAUUUUCUGAGGCAAUUACAUUGUUAUAAGUAAAAAGAAUAUCAUAAGUAAUUUAAAGAAUUCAAAUUAAACAGAGCCAUAAUAUGCAAAAUUUUAUGCAGCAAGAGGGAAUGCUUAUAUGUAAACAGGGUAGUAUUAGAGAGCUCUUUUUGAUUUUUCAACAGCUGUAAGAUUUGAAGAGAAUAAUGCAGAACAUUAUGGUGCAAGAGGAAAUUGUUUUUUAUAAUUAGGAGAAGUGAAUGAUGCUUUGAAAGAAUAUGAUAAAGCAAUAUAAAUAAAAUCUACAGAUGGUUUUUUAUUUUUAAAUAGAGCACUUGUUUAUGCUAGAUUAGAUAAUUAUAAAAAGGCAAUAGAGGAUUAUUAAUAGGCAUUAAAGUAUUUGAAAGAUUCGAAUGCAUAAUUUAAAGCACAUUUUCAUAUGGGAAAUUGUUAUAGAUAAAUUAAAUGCUAUGAUUAAUCAAUAGAACAUUUAUAAAAAGCAUGUGAUAUAAAAAAGGAUGAAGCACCAGCACAUAAUAAUUUAGGGUUAUCUUAUUUUGAGAAUUAAUAAUAUGAAUUAGCAUUAGAGAGAUUUACAAGGGCAAUAGAAUAAGAUGAAUCAAAAGCAACAUAUUAUAAUAAUAAGGCACUUGCAUUAUAUCAUUUAGGAGAUUUAAAAGGGAGUUUGAUAGAAUUUAAUAAAGCACUUGGAAUAGAUGAUUAAGAUGCUAGAGCGUUAUAUAAUAGAGGAAAUACUCAUUUAGCCUUGGGAAAGAGAACAGAAGCUCAUGCUGAUUAUGAUAAGGCUAUUAAAUUGAUGCCAAAGAAUUCAAAAUUUUAUCAUUCUAAAGGAUUAGCUUAUUAAGAUUCUGAAGAAUAUGAAAUGGCUAUAAAAAUGUUUGAAGAAGCAUUGAAUAUCACACCAAAUCAUAUGCCAUCUAUAUUUCAUUUAGGUUUAAUGUAACAUAAAAAUGAUAAUUUAAAAGAAGCUUUGUCAUUAUUUACUUAAGUAUUGAAUGCUGAAGGUAAAGAUCGUCUAGUCUAUUCUUCAAGAGGUUUAGUUUAUAUGGAUAUGAAGAAUUAUGAAUUAGCAAUUCAAGAUUUUAAUGCUGCUAUUGAAAUGGAACCUACAUAUUCAGAAACUUAUUAUAAUAGAGGAUUAGCAAGAAUCGAAAUGCAUGAACUAAAUGAUGCUAUUAAAGAUUUUGAAUAAGCACUUGAACUUAAUUCAAAUAAUCCUGGCAUUUACUCCGGUCUUGGAUAAGCUUAUAGAUUAAAGAAAAACUAUGAAAAAGCUCUUUUCUAUUUAGAUAAAGCCUUAAAAGACUCUCCUAAUAAUUAAGAAUUUCUAGUUUAAAGAAGCAAUAUAUUUAUUGAUAAAAAAGAAUAUCCAAAAGCUAUCAUUGAUUUAACUAGUGCUUUGGAUAGAAAACCUAAUGAUGCAUAAAUACAUUAUAGAAGAGGAUUAGCAUAUUAUAAAAAUUAAGAAUUUAAAAAAAGCAUUGCUGAUCUAUACAAAGCUUUUGAAAAUAAACCAUUCUAAAGUUAUGUACCAGAUAUUCAUUAUCAUCUUGGAAUCUCAUUUGCAAAUCUUGAAAUGUUUGACAAAGCUAUUGAACCACUUACUAAUGCUAUUGAUUUAUAAAAAUAUGAACCUGCUUAUAUUCAUGAAAGAGCUAAAUGUUAUUUACUUGUAGGUGAAAAUUAAUUAGCUUUAGAAGAUUUUGAUAAAGUUAUUGAAAUGCAAGUAUGAUUUAACUUUAUAUUAUAUUCUAGCCACAUAAUUCACAUGCAUAUUUUGGAAGAGCCUUUGCUCAUAAAGCAUUACAAUAAUAUGGAAAAGCAGCUGAAGAUUUUGGAAGAGCUAAAGAUCUAGAUCCUAUGAAUCCAAAAUUAAUUGUUAACUUUAAACAGAUUUAUUAUGUUAAAUAUAUCAAAUUAUGCAAUCCAGGAGAAGAAUAAAGAUGA